AGCGAGCGAAAAACGUUUUUACCGUUUCUCAUCCUACUCUCUCUUCGGCGCCCUGAAUAGCAAUAGCAAUGUAAAUUCAUUGUGGGCCCCCAGCGCAGCAGACAACUUCUGCAGACCAAGUUUUGCAUGUGGAGGUAGUGAAAGUGUAUCUUUUUCUCCGAAUGCCAUUGAUUUGCAGUUUUAUCAACUCAUAAAAGAUUUAAGGUAUCGAAAAUAUGCUUUCACAAUUAGCUGGGAAGGCUACUUUUGUAAAUUAUCUUCCUCGUUUGACUCAAGCAACAUCAGAUGAUGGAGAACCAACUGCUGGUUACCUUCUCGAGGAGAUUACUAAAAUCACUUUUCAGUCAGUUGCCUCAAGUCAUCAACUAGUUGAUUACCUCAUUCAUCGAUUGAACAAGUCUUCAACACAAGUAAAAAUUAAGGUGCUAAAAAUUAUGAUUUAUGUGAUAAACAAUGGUCACUUGAGUUUUAGACAACAGCUGCGACAGCAUGAUGGGUCUAUUAAAAAUGCCACACUUCACAGUGGACCGGCUGAUCCAAUGUUUGGGAACACCCUUUAUAAAGAUGUUCAAAAAUUGGCUCAGGAUACUUUAGAUUCAUUAUUUAAUCCUGAGACAAUCAAAGAGGAAGAAACUGACCCUAGAGCUCUGUCACCAAUUGAAAGCCAGCCAACAUUCAUGAGUGGAAUGGGAGCUACAGCACAAUCAAAUGGAAAAUAUGAAGGGUUUGGAAAUGCAAUGAAGGAGCGAGAGGGUACAGUCACAGACAAAAUGCUUGAUUACUUGGGACGUCUCAUCCAUCCAUCAGAUGAUCAAACAAGUGAAUUUAUAAGAGCUGCACUCCACAGUUCACCAGGAGACUAUCAGCCUGUCGCAGUCGCUGGGGCACUCACAGAUCCCGUGUUCACCGCUCCAUUGCCCAUGCCUUCCAUGGCUUCUUAUGUAAAAAGUCAUGUGCCAGGCCGUGCUGGAGGAGGUUGGGAGUCCGAUGAAGACAAUGAAAAUGAAUUUCAAAACUCAUCAGGACCUGAGGCUGCAGAGAUACUACUGGGAGAUCCACAGACAGAAUUAUCCCUCAACCUUCAGACACAGAAUGAUGCAGUUUCAGAUGACAACACUUUUCUUGAAAUUCAAGACGUACUAAAUAAGUUUUCCCAAGCCCUCGGCGUGCCUUCAAUAGAUGACCUUGAUGAGGUGUGCGCCAAGUGCGCAGCCAUUGGAUUAUCUCAAACUUGGACUGCUCUUCUUCGAAUGAAUCUGUCCAAGUGCACACAUCAAGAUGGAGUGAUGAGAAUUUUACUCCUUUGGGAAUGGCUCUAUCAUUAUGAUAGUUCAACUCAGCAGGCACUUAUACAAAAUGGAGCACAAGUGCUAGAUGAGGUCAUGGCAAAUACUGCUAUUACAGAGGCCUCAUUGUCUAAAGUGAAGAAGUUGAAACUCCUGCUUAGGCAAGUUGUGAAUGAUUCUUUGAACACCGCCGUACCAAAGAGUUAGAAAAUAAACCUUGUAAAAAACUA